UGCUAUUCCUUACUAAUGAAAACGGAAGUAAUUUUACUAUUGCUGUGUUCCCUUCAAUAUAUAGAUCACACUCGAUGUCACUGUACGUUCCCUGAAGCAUUACAAGCAAACUGGGAUAGUAGUGAAUAUGGAACAAUUCUCAUCAAUAGCAGUACACUAACAUUGGAGAAACAUUCGUUCAGAAUUGAUGGUUCCACAAGCUCAACUACGUUUGAUUGCUUCCUUGGUCAGUCAUCACCAGAAUAUUAUCUAAUCAGAAACCAUCACCCGUUCGCUGAUCUUGGGAUAACGGGAUAUCUGUAUAUAUGUUUAUCAUUCACCAGAGUUAAUGAGAAUUCUUACUAUUUUUAUAUGCGGUCAUCGGAAAACAACAGAUUUGCUAAUGAGCGUGUUAGUUUUUGGGAAACAGGUGUGAGUCCAGACUUUUCCACUGAGUGUACUGUAACCCCAACAACAGCAGAGUUCAACAGUAUGGUCAAAGUUGGCUAUUCAACAUCGUCAAAGACCUACUGUAUGGAUCCACUCCUUGGCAACUUUUACUAUUCCUUGACGUCGGCAACAUUUACGGAUGUUUGUAACGGGGAUGGAAAUAGUCUUUUGACUGUCUGUGAAAACAGACAAAACUUAACAUUUGAUCUAAAUCUACAUCAGCAAUGUACUUCAUCAACAUCGUCGGUCAUGUUUACUGCUGAAGGUAAUUUGUUCUGUGUAUCAGCAAUUACACCAGAAUCCACUGAUGGAACUUAUUAUUCCGGCUUAUACAAUCCAGGCUCUGUAAAUGAAUUGACAACAUUUCGUUUUGUAUGCAUCGCUGUGAGUAUUAUUGGCACAGAAAGGAGAUUAACAGCUAGUCCUGGGCGAUGUGAAAAAGAUCAAAGUUCCAUGACAAGGCCAACUGAUGGUGAAUUAUAUGUUAUGACUGCCAAAAGUAAGUGCAGUUAUAUAUACGAUUUUACAUGA